GAGGUUUGAUUUAACACAUACUUGUACAAUAAAAGAAAAAUGACAAGAUUUGUUUUAAUUUUUUGUGUUUAUUUUAAAUGAUUCAUUUAAAGUGUGUCACAUUGAACAAACUGAGCUGGAACAUUCUUCGGUAUAUUCUGGACUGGGCUGUAAUGUAGCAGGUUAAUAUCACAGGGUGGCUAUAAAUAACACUCUGUUUAACAACAUGGCGUCACUGGAGUAGACCUGAAGAUACGAUGUGGAUUUCUGGGACUUUGUUUUAGGAUUUAACGCUGUAAUGUGCCACAAAAUACAUAGUUUAUACCUUUUAGCUAAGAUGGAAGGUAUUUUUUUAUCGUUAUAACCUAUAGAUGCUCAAAACUGGUUCAAAUUUAAUUUCUUAUAACUCUACAGCUACUAUUGAAAUAUCUGAUUUUUGUUAAGAACGUUGUUUGAUUUAUAACGUAAUUCUGAUAUAAUAAUGGUGACUAAUAAUACCAUAGUAAUAUAUUACUUCCUAAAAUACAGUACAAUACAGAAUGAUCAAAAACUGCAGUAUUGUUUUAGAAAUAUAAUAAACUGCAGUACAGCUACAGCAGAUUAAUGUGAAUGAGUGAAGUAUUAAAUACAGUAAAUCGCUAUAAAUAUAGAAGAAAAUCAGGGACUCUGGCUGUUAUUCUCUUUCUGUUGCUUUGUCUCUGCCUCUCUCUCUGUUCCUGAGUGUCUCCCUCAGACCUCCAUCUGUUCCUCCUUCUGCCCCCCAGCUAAAACACAAACAGGGACGUCUUACAGCAGAGGCCGUUUAUCGCCCUGGAGUCUGAAUAUUACGCAUUUAAACCGCCGACUGACGCACAGCUGAUCUUGCAGCUGUGCGUCAGUGUGGUGAGAGCUGCGCGGUGUAUGUGGAUCUGAGGAUCCGUGGCUCUGGGACUCCUCGUCUGAAAUGUGAGCCGCUUGACAGCUGCUGCUGCCGCUGCUGCUGCUGCGGAUGAACAAUGAGGACAGGCGUGCGCCUCCGACGGCGGCUUGGUGCUAAAUAAAGACCGUUAAUACAUGCGUCUGUUCCACCACCAACAAGAUCUGAGUGGGUUUGAGCGUUUCUGAGCAGAGAACGAAGCCUUUGUCAGUUCAAAACAAGACAGAAGUCUUUUUAUUUCUAUUUUUUUUUUUUCUUCAGUGCAGAGCGCAGAGUGGACAGGGCGCCUGCUGUUCUGCUGCAGCCUGAGGCUUCCAGAGAGGGGAUGCGGGGUCUGUAACCUGCUACAGGCUCAGGUCUGAACACGCAGUGAGACAAACGCCCAUCCUAUUAGUGCCGAAUGUAUGUGCUGUGCUAAUACGCGACGUGGACAUCCCAGGCAUCAGUCGGGAUAAGGAGGAGCAGGGCUGCCCUUUAACGGCGCGCUUGCAGCUGCCUGCAUGAUUUGCAUGUGGUUUAUUUUGGGGAAACAGCUUCAACCGUCGACGCAGUGAUCCACCAGCAGAUAACUGACUGGAUUGUGUGUGCAGGGCUGUAUUUACUCCCAUAGACGCCUGGCUGAAGGAGCAGACUGUGCCUGGGUGCAGGACUAGUCUGGCGCACUGAAUGGGUGCGUCUGCAGCUCAGUUUCUUGUCCGCUUGAUACGAAUUGUCGGCCACACAGACGGUCAUUUACAUCUGUACUCUGUGCGUCGAUGCCAUCUGUGUUAUUAGAUGUAUAAUUUAAUAAAUUAUUUAUUUAAAUACGUUAAAACUAAUAAACAUUUUCGUCUGUGGCUCCCUUGCGCCUUUUGGAGCAUUUUCUCGCUGCACUUCGCCUCCAGUUGUCUCUAAAUUCCACAUGUUUGAAAGUAGCUUUUAAUUUUUUGAGUGCCCCUGGUAAAGUUUGGACAUAAUUAUUUUUAUAUUUACCUUUUAACACGGAUAAACUUUUCUUUUUUUCCUCCUGGAGCAUUUGGAGAGCUCCCUGUAUCUUUGGAGACACCUGUCCACUUUUGGAGAGGUCCGUUUGGAUGCGCGUCUCUCUUUUGGCGUUGUUGGAUUUUACUCGGAUAAAAAAAUAAAUCUUCGAUUUUUUACGGUCGAUUUCUCAAGACAACGGGUCUGUUUUACCCAACAACACCACCAGUGGAAUAAAUGUAGCCUCUCAGGAUGCUCCGGGGCUUGGCAGACGCAUAAAAAAGCAGCAGAAAGUCUCCUACGAGUUCAGUUGCGCACUCAUGACAACUGUUCUUCAGUAGCAUGUGUUUGACUAUUGGAUGGACCAAAAUAAGUUCAAAUCAUAGGGGUAGGAGAGAGCUUAUAUGAGGAAGGGGCUUUGCUAUUUAAAGCCAUUAAUGUGCAAUUUUUAAUUGGAAUAUUGGAAAUUAUGUCCAUUUGGGGCCCAAAGUGCCAUUUUUGGGGUUUUGGGGCUUUCUGGGCUCUUUAGAAAUGGCUUUGUCCAAUUUGAUCACCCCUACACAUUCACCAUACAUGGAAGUGUCCUUUUUUGCAGGGAUUGCUGGGAAGAAGAAGGAGGCUGUCGAGCAUAUGACUGUGGAGAGGGAGGUUUAGGCAGAGCCAGUCUCAGAAAGGAAUCUUCAGCUUCCCGUCGUCCACAGUUUGGAGAGAGAAGAUUUGAUCAGCAGCAGCUCACCAUGAUGGAAGAGGAGAUCAAGGAGGACCAGGCCAAGCUGAAGCAGGGUCUGGUCAAAGUGCUGCAGUGCGUCGCCACCAUCUCCUCCGCGGCCGCCGUGGUCAACCCCAUCUUUGGCAUCGCCGGCUCCCUGAUCCGCGUGGUGCUGCACCACGUGGACGACGAAGACAUCCGCACCCUGAAGCGCGAGUUCGGCUCGGUGCACCGGGCCCUGGACCAGCUCUCCCAGCAGAACCGCAACACGCUGGUGCAGAUCAAGAAGGAGACGCUGGACGGCCAGUACUGCACCGUGGAGGAGAACCUGAAGCACCAGUUCAGGAAGUUCAUGGAGAUGGUGGAGGCUCGGCCGGAUAUCCGCGAGCGCAAGAAGGACGACUUCGAGGAGAGUUACUCCAACGACCUGGGCGACCAGAACCUGCACACGCUCUACGACGGCGUGGUGGGAAAGCCCAAGCUCUUCAGCAAACCCAUCCUGGAGGUCUACCUGAAGCACUCGCAGGGCGACCGGGGCACCAUGGAGCGGCUGUGCACGCGCCUCACCUACCUGUUCUGCAUCGGCCUCAUCGCGCUCAUGGGCUACGCCGCCGUCAUCGGAGACGACGAGGAGGGGCUGAGCGAGGAGUGGGCCGAGAAGAUGGAGCACGUGCAGGAGAAGAUGCAGGAAGCUCUCAGCAGGUGCACAUAAAAGGACGAGCAUGAAGAAGAGUCUCUGGGUUUGUUUCUUCACCGCUGCUUUUCUCUUAGUGUUCAGGGACUUAUGUGUCCACAUUCCAGCUGUAACGUCUCCCUCUAAUAACAAGCACUUUGUGAACUUGACGCUAAAAAAAACACUUUUUAUCCUAAAUCUACUGGUUCUGCUUCAGAGCUGGUGAAAUCCUUGAUAUUAUGAUAAAUAUAUACAAAAAAAAUAUGUUAAUCAGCCUUUGGAUCAUUACACUAAACUAAGAGCUGCUUUUAAUAAACUACAUGUCAUUAGAAAUUAUACCAAAAAGCCUCUGACAUCAGCUUUGCUGAGAUUCCUUUAAGCACUUUCAAUAUUUUACCUUCUAUAACAGAAAUAAAAAUAUAUAUAUAACACUAUAAGAACUUCAUGCAUGAGCAGAGGAACAGGAACCGAGCUCAGAAGUUGAAUGUAACCCAAUCAUCUGAGCAGCUUUCGCAAAAAUGACUAAAACAUCUGGAUUUCAUCCUAUUUGACACUAAUAUCUCUUAUUAUCUUAAUAUCUCUUUUGCCGCUGUAGAAACAAAACAAACUUGAUCUGAUUAACCAAUCCUGAGGUCAGUUAAUCAUUUGUGCUUCCAUUUUUCGCUUCUGUUUAUUCUGCCUUUUUCUUUUAGUAUUAUUAUUAUUGUUAAUGCAGGAGUUAAUACAAGUUUUUUAUACUUUGCAUUUUAAUUGAGUUUCUUGGAUGGGGGGUUAAGAUCCUGUAAAACACUAAACCUGUCAUUAUGUGAUGUUGAUGGAACUAUCUGUCCUCUCCUGACCGACAGUGCCUAAAUGUGCCAGAAGGUUUAUCUUGUUUCUUUUUAAGGGGUUUCACUUUAAUAAUUCAGAUUUAGAUUGUGUUGGCCACUGUGUUAUGAAAUAUUUAAAUGUUCCUCAGAGUGUCGGCAGGUGAACACGUGAUAAUCACACACUAACCAACGUUUGACUUCAUUCAUGUUUUAUACUCGUGCUCCUCUUUAAAUCCUCCCUGUGGUUCUGUGUCUGUGUCUCCUGUUGUUGCACACUGUGCUACAUGAAUCUAGUCCGAAUGCUGUGUGAUGUGUGAACCUCUCCUGGCCUUGUUUUUUUUUUUAACUGUCCUACAUGUGAAUAUGUUGCCUGUUUUUAUUAUGGAUAUUUGAUGCCUGGCUGUAUUAUACACCGACAGAAAUAAAUAUAUGAGUGAAUAAUA